GCGAGGGGCGUGGCUUGGAGGAGGCAUGUGGGGGCCGCCCUGCCUCCUCGCCGCCCCCGUUUCGCUUCCGCGGCGCUCCUCGCCCAGCUUCGCCGCCGGACGGAGGUGGGAUGCGGCUCCUCCGAGGAAGGGCCGCCCAGCCUUCUCUCUCCAGAUGUGUCACUUAAGGCCAUGACUGACUGGUAAAUCUGGAGAACGCCAUCCAGAGAAGCUUCAUCUUCUUCCAAGACAACCCUUCAAGAUGUGGGCAGCUCUUGUUUCCUGCUUCCUAAUUUCCCUGUGUGUGUCCGAAAAUGGGAGCUCCGUUUUAAGGGAGAGUGGGGUCCAGGUAAAACACAUACAGCUCACUAGUGCUAAGCAGUGUGAACAAGCUUGUAAAGGCCUCACGGCUUCAGGUCAUCGCUAUUGCUGGUCAGUGCUUUAUCAGAGCCACUGUGUCCUCCUACGAUGUCCCCAGCUGAGCGCAUGCCAGAAUGCCAGUACACAGGAUAUCAAAGAACUAAUGGGAGAAUUCAUGAUCCGUAAAAGAAGAGACCAUGAUCUUUUCCAUAAUAUGAAUUAUAUAGAAAAUUCCAAAGAGAGGAUGAAUAGGAUGAAUGAGAAAAAUAUAGAAGUGCCUCUUUCAUCAGCAACUCAGGCAAAGUCAACAACAGAAAGCACUGCAAUCCACAGAAUAUUAACGACCAAAUCCGUUAUAAAGGAAGUUACUAAUGCCAGUUCUGUAAAUGCUACCAUUUUCCAAGAUAGGGCCAAGUCAACAGCCAUAAGCAAUCGCACUAACAGCAAAACCACCGAGCCACAGAACGUAAAUAUCAACAAUACAAAUAUGAAACCAGGCCCCAGCCUUCCCACUUACACCACAUUAGCUACCACACCUUUGCUUUCAGGAAAUAAUACUAAUAAUGUUAAGAUAGCCAAAAGUCCUAAAGGGGCGAAUGACAGUAUCUUGACUCCAGAAGUAGUUGAGAUAAUAACACCAACAAAUAUUCUUCUAAGGACUACUACUGCUACAACUCUUCCCCCAAUAACAAAACAUUUUGUGCUUCCCAAAAUAGUGACUCCACCCAGCACUUCUGCCCCAGAAAACAUCCCUUCAGGUGCAAUCACCCACAGUCCACCAUUAACUGCCACGAACAUACCUAUAACAACUGCAAUGCCAACUAUAGGAACAACAACCAGAGCAACAACCUUUGCAUCAACAGUAAAGUCAGCUGAAUUCACAACGGUUGUGACAGAUAAGACAAAGACUUCUGUAGGUGUAGUAACUCCAGCAGUCACCACAAAGGGUGCUGAAAUAUCCACAACUACGCAGCAAACGGGACCUUCCAGUCAACUGGUGGAGGCAACACCUUCUACACAUCCCUUGGUGCUGUUCACAACAAAAAGUUCACCAACUCCAUCCAAAUCAACAACUGUAGAACAUGGCAAAAAUCAGCUGGACAUAAGUAUUGAGAACAGAUACCGGGAAGUAGAUUUCACCUUGCUCUCAGCAGUGCUUCUCUUUGGAGUCCUGUUCUUUGUAACAAUUGUAGUUCUAUUUGCCAUACAGGCCUAUGAGAGCUAUAGGAAGAAAGACUAUACUCAAGUAGACUAUCUAAUCAAUGGAAUGUAUGCAGACUCAGAGAUGUGAAAGCAGUUGAGAUGGAAAGGAUGACGCUGAAGCCCUGUUUUCCCAAUUUCUGAGGACACAGAAAUCUUUUGACAACCUGAAUUUACAACCUGAAUGCUGUCUCUCUCAAUGAAAGGUGGAAGUUCCUGAAAUGGGUCACAUCUCAGUCUCACUCUGAAAGGAAGGAAUGGCACAGUCCUUUGUGGAGCACCUUUAGUAAGAACAGCUCUUCAUUACUGUCUCAUACUCCCUUUUCUUGCACCUGUUUGCUUCACAAUAUCUUUCCAACACAAACACCAAUAAGAAAGUUUGUAAUAAUAAUAAUAAUAAUAAUAAUAAUAAUAAUAAUAAUAAUAAUAAUAACAACAACAACUUUAUUUUUGUAUCCCACCUCCAUCUCCCCGAAGGGACUCUGGGCAGCUUACAUGGGGACAAGCCUGAUCAGACAUAGAUUAAAACCUUCCUCCUAUCCUUCAAUGAGACUCCCUAAGUGGGAAUUGUCUCUUACAUGCACCCACUGUACCCAUCCCUCAUGGACCAAAGGAAGCUAGUCCAGGACAAGAGUCAAUGGAGAAAUCUGCCAGGCAAGCAAACAAGUUCUACAGCAUCAGAGCACUGCCAACAUCCUACCUGUUGGAAAGCUUGGGAUGAGGCUAAAGAUCAGCUUCAUGCUUUGUGAAAACAGGGCAGAGAUAUCUGGAAGCAUCUCUGGUCUGUGGGCACAGUCUAAACUUGGUCAUAUGAAUGUUGUGUGGCUUCAAGUCAUUUCCGACUUACAGCAACCCUAUGGGGAUUUCUGGGCUGAGUGUGUGACAUGCCCAAGGUCACCCAGUGGAUUUCCAUGGCUGAGUGGGGAAUCAAACCCUGGUCUCCAGAGUUGUAUUCCAAUCCUCAAACCAAUCCCUUACACCCAGUAAAGAUCAGUGUCCUUAUCAGUAUGACCAAACCAUUCUUCUUAGCUACAUUACUUUUUAUAGCCAUGGUUUAUCUUAGUGAAUUAUUCCAUUUAGUGCAUUUAGACUACAGACUAAAGCAUGCCCAACAGAUUUCCUGGCCAACAAAGCUUACUGCUAACAAAUGCCAACUCAUGAUAAAGAAAGCACUACUAUGUUAUGAAAAACUACCACUUGUUUCAUAUAUGAUAGUAAAUUCAGUGACAGUAAAGCCAUACAGCCAAACCAUGCAGAAUAAAAAAUUAAAAUGUAGAAAACAUCCAUUUUGAGGGAAGACAUGGCUAGUCCACAUGGCUCCUUUGUGGAAAAUCUGUAUUUAGAAAAACAAUGUGUAUUUGAGAAAGCGUGCACUGGGCCCACAUAGCAGAAAGGACUUUCCAUAUCAUGCCUACCCAGUUUUUGUAAAACAUGGGGUUAUCAAUAAGCCUUCAUUUCCAUUGGAUGUGGUUGACCAACUUUUGAAUAAAUCAAUAACUUUCCUGA